AUGACAUCCGUCAAGGUCAACCGCAAAUCCCUCGCACUGACAUUCAUCUUCCUUGUGUAUUUGGUGCUGAUGCCGCUCAAGCCAUACUUGUCUGAGGUGUCGCCAUUCCACCCCGUCGAGUACUAUCGUCCCAGCGACCUCUUCCAGCCUCUCGUUGAGCCACACACCAACGCUUCCGCGCUCGCACUCUACCUCGAGCAACUCGUUGGGCUCACAAACUCGACGACAUUAACACCUCAUGUGGCAUAUCAAACCCAUCCUCGGUACAUGGUGGAUGUUGCGUGCGUGAUGGUUGGGCAACCGUGCUCGGCGCCUCCUAACGCAACCUCGGUCCUCUACGCCAUGCCAGGGGCGAUAUUCUUUCCGCCGCAAUUGAAAGCUGCCUGGAUCCUCGGUGGCCCCUGCUCCAACGAUUCGGUGGUUUACGCUUGGGAAUUGACAACCUUGAACCUGCCAUCAUCGAUGUUGGUGCUGUGGAUCGCUGUGCAACCCGAACAGUUUUCCUCGCACAACGCGUCGUACUCCACUCUCACCGCCGUCAAUUACGCUUACGUCGUUGAUAUUCGUCCGACAUCGUGGCGCCUUGCCAAAUUGCUUGUGCGCCUUCUUCUCUGCGUCUUGAUCGCACGCAUUGCGUACACUGCGUACUACAUCCACGUCCGGCACUUGGUCAACCAACUCAAGCGCUUGCCACUGCACGGCCACGCGCUCGCGGUGCGGUACGAGAUUGUUGUCGGCGAGCCGACGUGCCUAGUGCUGUCGCACCCCAUCGUUUGCUGGUUGUUCGUCCUCGACAUAGCAAUGAGCGCAGAAUACGUGGGGCUGGCUUGCUUGCGAGUGUCGCAAACGUCGGAUGUUCUGCACUUUGCCUUGGGCAUGCUAUACCUGAGCCGCACGGUGUGGUGCGCGUACACCGCACUCACGGCUCUUAACUCGAUCAUGUCGCGGUUCCCGCGCUACAUGCAGUGGCUCCCGGCCCCUGCCAACACGACGUUGUUGGCGCUUCUAUCGCUGGUUGGUGGAGGCGGCGUUGUGGCCGUGCUGUCGCACAAUGCGCCAUUGAUUGACUCUUUCACGUCGAUCUUUUCCGUUGUGCGUGCAUGCGAUGCAACUAGCCAGUGUACUCCAUCGAUGGAUUCGUCGCUUGCCAUGAGCGUGUACAUGGUUUCAUGCGCUUUGCUGCCGUUUAUCGUACCCGUCCUGCGAAAGAUGCUGGGGGUCGUCACGGGCAACACCAAUCUCUUUGCGGUGCGUGCCCGCGUAAGCAGUGUCGCGUCGAAGAUGUUAUCGUCCCGACGAAUGUCGUCCCAGCGACUGGGAUCCGGCCAAGCGCUCAAGUCCAUCGAGGUGUUCUUGACUCAUCCUUGA